UAAACAAGGACCCAAUAAAUAUAUAAAAAAAAGUCCCAAAUCAACCUUCCAUCCUUCUUCUCGGUCCUUGCUCUGUGCCCUACCUAACUCCGAUCGAAUCCUACUCUGCUUCGCCUCCAUCGGCGUUGGGGUUUUUCUUCAGUCAGAUCAAUAAUAAUGGCUUCAGAUGCUGAUAUGGAGGACUACGGAUUCGAGUACUCAGACGAGGAACCGGAGGAGCAAGACGUCGACAUCGAGAACCAGUACUACAACUCCAAAGGCAAUAUUGAGACGGAGCCCGAGGAGGCGCUUUCCGGGUUCGCCGAGGUUGUUAGGAUGGAGCCUGACAAGGCUGAGUGGGGAUUCAAAGCUCUUAAGCAGACGGUGAAGAUCUACUACCGUCUAGGCAAAUACAGAGAGAUGAUGGACGCGUAUAGAGAGAUGCUUACGUAUAUCAAGUCGGCGGUGACCAGGAACUACAGCGAGAAGUGUAUUAACAGUAUUAUGGAUUUCGUCUCUGGAUCUGCAGGCCAGAACACUGGCCUGCUUCAGGAGUUUUACCAGACCACCUUGACUGCUCUUGAGGAGGCUAAGAAUGAGAGACUCUGGUUCAAGACGAAUCUCAAGCUCUGUAACAUCUGGUUUGACAUUGGUGAAUACAGACGGAUGACUAAGAUUUUGAAGGAACUGCAUAAGUCUUGUCAAAAGGAAGAUGGGACGGAUGAUCAGAAGAAAGGAAGUCAGCUGCUUGAGGUUUAUGCGAUUGAGAUUCAGAUUUACACUGAAACUAAGGACAACAAGAAGCUUAAGCAACUGUACCAGAAAGCACUUGCUAUCAAAUCCGCUAUUCCUCAUCCUAGGAUCAUGGGUAUUAUCCGCGAGUGUGGUGGCAAAAUGCACAUGGCGGAACGUCAGUGGGCAGAAGCUGCCACUGACUUCUUUGAGGCUUUCAAAAACUAUGAUGAAGCUGGCAACCAAAGGCGUAUUCAGUGCUUAAAGUAUCUUGUUCUUGCGAAUAUGCUGAUGGAAUCAGAAGUGAAUCCAUUCGACGGUCAAGAGGCAAAACCGUACAAAAACGACCCUGAGAUCUUGGCAAUGACGAAUCUGGUAGCAGCGUAUCAACGGAACGAAAUCAUAGAGUUUGAGAAAAUACUCAAGAAUAACCGGAAGACGAUAAUGGACGAUCCAUUCAUCAGAAACUACAUGGAAGAUCUGCUGAAGAAGGUGAGGACACAGGUGUUGCUGAAGCUGAUAAAGCCGUACACGAAGAUCGGGAUUCCUUUCAUAUCAAAGGAGCUGAACGUGCCAGAGAAGGAUGUGACGGAGUUGCUGGUGUCGCUGAUACUGGACAGCCGAAUCGAUGGACACAUUGAUGAGAUUAACCGUUACUUGCUGAGAGGUGACAGUGCUAAUGGAAGGAAACUUCACAAGGCGGUUGAUAAAUGGAACACACAACUCAAGUCUCUUUCGAUCAGUAUCACCAACCGAGUCUGUUAAUUUACAUCCACCUCUCUCUCUUUUCGAUAGCUUUGACAUUUUUCUUGUUUCUACCCAUUUGUGGAUUACUUUUCUUUUCACUGCGCUGAAUUUUCUCCUUUGGUGGUUUACAUUUUGUUCCUAAAAUCUGGCCGAUUACAUAAUACUACUUUUGAAACGAA